AGCACAAAGCGCAGGCGUCUGGCGUCACUAGCGCGCGGGGACACGCUACGGGGCGUCGCUCGGUGACGUGUUAGCCAUGGAGACCCAGGAGGGUGAGGAGGACCGAGGGCGAUGGGGAAACCGAGGCUGGGACGGCGCGGUUGUCCCCGUGGUCUGCAUGCGUGGGGGAGGACGCGGCUCGGCCUGGUGUCUCCAAACAAAGCAUACGUGAACGGAUUUGGGACUACAUGGAAUCCCAUGAUAUAGCUGACUUUCCCCGGCCUGUUCAUCACAGGAUCCCCAACUUCAAGGGUGAUUCUCGGGCUGCGGAGCACCUCCUACACCUGCAUGCUUUCCCUGUGGCCAGAACCAUUAAAGUCAACCCGGACGCUCCUCAGAGAAACGCCCGCUUCCUGGUGCUGGAGAGCAAAAAAACACUGCUGGUCCCAACACCACGACUGCGAACAGGGCUGUUUAACAAGAUCACACCACCCCCUGGAGCCACCAAAGACAUUCUGAGGAAAUGUGCCACCUCCCAGGGUGUGCGGAACUUCAGCGUCCCAGUGGGCUUGGAUUCCAGUGUUCUUGUGGAUCUAGUUGUGGUGGGAUCUGUUGCUGUGUCUGAGAAAGGCUGGCGAAUUGGGAAAGGAGAAGGCUAUGCUGAUCUUGAAUAUGCCAUGAUGGUGUCAAUGGGAGCUGUCCACGAGGGGACACCUGUCGUCACGAUUGUCCACGACUGCCAGGUUGUAGACAUCCCCGAGGCUCUUGUGGAGGACCACGACCUCACAGUUGACUACAUCCUCACUCCCACCAGGGUCAUCACUACAGGCUGUGCACGCCCAAAGCCAACGGGCAUCAUGUGGUCCAAGGUCAGCUUUGAGAUGCUCACAAAAAUCCCAGUGCUCAGGACCCUCCGGGAGAGAGAGAAACGGGCUGGGAAGGAUGUCACUCUCUGGGACGAGCCUGGCAGUCAGCAGCCAGCUCCAAGCACCGUCAGGAGACCCCAGGAUAGACCACAAGCAGGUUCUCGAGGAGGGUCCCAUAGUCCCCUGCAGGGGACGGACACCCAACUAGCUGCCACUGUGUACGUGGGAAACCUGCCCUACAAUACUCGUGUGCGUGAGCUGAAGAGAGCCCUCCAGGAGCUGGGGGCGGUGCCCCUAAGGCUUACCUGGCAGGGGCCACAGCAUAGGGCAGUUCUACACUAUACAGACUCAGCUGCUGCCCAGCAGGCGGCCUCUCUCCUACAGGGCCUACGUCUGGGUGCCAACGCCUUGAGGGUGUCACUGGGGCAGCAGAGGGAUAAGUGACCUGGUGAACAGCCCCCAGCAGAGGAGUCACACCCUUUCUGCUGCUGGGAUGUGUCUGUCGUGUGACAGUUUGCCAUUGGUGAUGACCGGCUGCCCUGUGAGGUGCCUGCUCUGUUCUUCCUGGGAAGAGGCCAUGCUUCCCUAAUGGGUAGGGAUGACGGAAAGCAGCUCCUCUCGACACCCAGGAUGCUCUGAGCUCCAGCCCAUUCCUGGUCUGGUUCUUGUGAAAUCCACGUGAGGUUCUCUGGGUGCAGAAGGUUCAGGGACAGAGCAGUCCGGACAAGAGGUAGACAACGGAGACCUGUUUCAGGGUGUUCAAGGAGGAGAGCAGAGGCCUGCAGAGAAGAGGCCGUCACGGAGACCGAGGGCAUGUAGCCGAGCAGGGUGUCCUUACGACCACUGGAAACCCACCCAGCAGAACAGGAGUGGGGAGGGAGGGCUUCUGCAUCCAGAGAACACAAACUUGGAGCUCUGUUCCUGGAGACCCUGCAUUGUGAGCAUGCGUGAUGGUAGCUACCCAGGCUGCUUAGAGUCAUGUCGUCCCUCAGGAGAGCGUGGCGGCUGCCUGUGCGCUUUCAGAAGCACUUGAGCCAUUGAGCCUAAGGGAAAACAAGCAUUAGGUGGAGGGUUUGUCCUGUUCAAACUGCACACCUGGGCAGUUUCUUGUUUUUACCAGUGGGUCUUCCACAGCGUCUAUUAGCAUUGUCCUUUGUCCUGAAAGGGCAGGCCUCGCUCAUAUUAAAGGAAAAGAGCCUGUGACACACAUCUCCUUGCAGAAUCCAGCCUUGGUAAACGGCUAAUUCAGUAACCUGCGCUUCCAAGCUGUCAGAGGUGCUGUGAGGAGUGACUGAGGGACGCAGGCUCAGGCUGUGCUGGCCUCUGUCCUGGCCUGCGCCCCCUCCCACUCCUGCCCACCAGACACCCACUCUCACCUGCUGAGCUUUCCUUGGGGGUUCCGCCUGCAUUUGGACCCUUGCCUUCUUAUCCUCUUACCAUUGAUGUCCCAGUGGGACAGCGCCUGCAGGUUAGCAGGAUGGAGCUGUCUGUUCUUCCUGCUGCAGACCAGCGGGACAUGAGCAACUCAGGAAAUCCAUGUUACGUGAGCCAGAAUAAUCCAGAUGCAUUGACACACAGUCUAAGCUGUUUGUAUGUUUGUGUAAAGUGUGUAAGUACUGAAGCCUGGGUGCCCUCAGUCUAAGCCCUGGUAGAUGCUACAGGGCGAACCCUGUCUCAGGAUGCCUUUGAGGUCUGGUUCUCCAGGUGAUGGGACCCACAAGUGACAAAAGUCACUGUGUCCUUUGUCACUACAGUUGUAUAGCACACAUAAUCAAAAUGGAUAGGAAGCUACUGUCAGAUGGCAAAGUGUGGGUUCUGGGCUCCUCCACACUUCCUCUCAUGGUUUUCCACUUUGCCAAUAGUGGGGACCUAAGCAAGACCUAUUUGGAAGAGUUCAUCCUCAGGGCUGCAGUCACCCUGACUGGCUAACUUUGUGUAACUGUCGCUGUGAUGCACCACAAAGACCAAAGCAACUUGGGAGGAAAGGGUUUAUUUCAUUCACAAUUCCAUAUAACAAUUCGUCAUCAAAAUCAGUGAGG